AUGUUGAGAGACGAUGAUGGUGAUGAUCAACGCGGUGAGCGUUCGCUGCGUGAGAUUCUUAUGGCGAGGUUGCGUGCCGCUCAUGGUGAUGAGGAAACAAGAGCGAGACGCGGAGUCGAAGAAGAAGAAAGAAACCGAUUCUUGAUCGACACGAUACUAAGUGUAGCGGCGGACUCUUUCUUCGGAAAGCGAGAGACUGAUGAGUCCGAUAGUCAACAAAACCCUAACCGCCGCGAUGCUUCUUCUUCUUCAAGUAAGUCCUCCGUAGAGUCCACGAGUCCCGACGAGGAACCGGUUAGUAAAAUAAAGCCAUUGGUGAAAGGAAAGUCGGUUAAAGGUUUAAAGAAGCAAGGUAAGGUCCUCCGGGGAUCGGGCUCCUCUCACGGGAAUGCGUAUGAGAACAUGGAGGUGGAUCCAUAUGCCGACACUGUAGCGACGGAAGCUGCCUUGGGAAAAAGAAAACGAAAGAUUGAUGAAGACGAGAGUCAUCAACAAAACCCUAACAGUCAUGAUGCUUCUUCUUCAAGUUUUUCCUCCGUAGAGGCGGUCAGAAUAGAGAGGAUGGUGAUGCCGGAAUGGGUGGUUGAAAGGAUGAGAAAAGAGAACGCUGCGGAUGCGAAGAUGGUCACCGAGAAGGGUCUCACGGCGAGUGAUCUCAGUACACAACUGGCUCGUCUCUUGAUUCCAUUCAACCAAAUAGAGGAGAUGGACUUCUUGAACGAGGCAGAGCAAAUCAUCAUAGAGGAACACCGCAGCAAGAUUAGCAAAAAGGGAGUUCCUGUGAACUUGGUGAUGAAUAAUAAAAGUCUUAAACAGUGGAAGCUGAACCUCAAGAGAUGGGAUAUGAAGACAAGUUCCAAUUACGUCUUGAAUUCUGGAUGGAACGGCGUCGUCCGCGAUAACAGGUUUAGAGAAAACCAGGUUAUUCGCCUCUGGUCCUUCCACUCCCGUCUUGGGGAGCUCUUUUUUGCUCUCGAACUCGUUCCGCGGCAUCCAGCUAGGGCUUCAGAUCCAGAUAUGGCUCUAGCUCCGGCUUUGACUCAAGCUCAGGAUCCAGUUCCAGCCGCAGCUUCCUCUUCAGCUCUUGCUCCGGUUGUGACGACUGGAAAUUCUGAAGAGCUAUGUAUAGGUGAAGAAGCUAGUCGCAUCAAGGCCCAAGAGGAGAUGUACAGGAUGCUUACCAACUUUCCAAAGAGAAGGAGAAGUGCUAACGUUCGUGUACCAGCCACAACCAGAGAUUCGGACAACCUCGGCCAAAGCAUAGUCGAGGGGAUGGACCAAAACAGAACAUUGGGUCAAGUGUGCACGGAGGAGAUGGACCAAAACAGAACAUUGGGUCAAGUGUGCACGGAGGAGAUGGACCAAAACAGAGCAUUGGGUCAAGUGUGCACGGUGGAGAUGGCUCCUGUCGAGGCUGAAGAAGAGACGAGUGUAAUGACGGAUAUGAUGGCGGCGGAAAUCCUUCUCCAGUUAGCAAGUGGCCAAAACAGCUAA